GGUCUGAGGGUGACUCACUGCUCUCCUGCUGCAUAAAUAGAAGUGGGAGCCCAGCAGCAUCCAGAGUGAGCGGCAGGGACCCAGCACAGCCACAGGCCUCCUGCCACCGCCGUGCCAUGGUGCUCAUCCUCCUGGCCCCGCUCACCAUGGGGCUGCUGGCCCUAUCCUGCUGCGCAGCCCCGCUCCAGAGCAAGCCGCAGGCGAUUGUCACAUUCCCGGGGGAGCUCGUCAGCACCCUCUCAGACCUGGAGCUGGCGGAGAGCUACCUGCUACGGUUUGGCUACACCACAGAGGGAGAGGCAAGGACGAGCAGCAAGCAAGUGUCCAUGGCCAAGGCGCUGCGCAAGAUGCAGAAGCAGCUGGGCCUGGAGGAGACGGGGGAGCUGGAUGCCAGCACGCUGGAGGCCAUGCGAGCCCCCCGCUGCGGUGUCCCUGAUGUGGGAAACUUCCUCACCUUCGAGGGGAACCUCAAGUGGGACCACAUGGACCUGACAUACCGGGUGAUGAACUACUCCCCUGACCUGGACCCUGCCGUGAUUGAUGAUGCCUUCAAACGGGCGUUCAAAGUGUGGAGUGACGUGACCCCCCUCACCUUCACCCAGAUAUACAGUGGCGAGGCAGACAUCAUGAUCAUGUUCGGCAGCCAAGAGCACGGGGACGGGUACCCCUUUGACGGCAAGGAUGGGCUCUUGGCCCAUGCCUUUCCCCCGGGCCAGGGGAUCCAGGGUGAUGCCCACUUCGAUGACGAUGAGUUCUGGACACUGGGAACCGGCUUAGUGGUGAAGACCCGCCAUGGAAAUGCCAACGGGGCCAACUGCCACUUCCCCUUCAUCUUUGAGGGCCACUCCUACUCCCAGUGCAUCACGGCGGGGCGUAAGGAUGGGCUACCCUGGUGCGCCACGACCGCCAGUUAUGACCGGGACAAGAAAUAUGGCUUCUGCCCCAGCGAACUCCUCUACACCAAUGGCGGCAACAGUGAUGGGUCCCCAUGCUUCUUCCCCUUCAUCUUUGAUGGCACUUCCUACAACACCUGCACCACGGAUGGGCGCUCCGAUGGCUACCGCUGGUGUGCCACCACUGCCAACUUCGACCAGGACAAGAAAUAUGGCUUCUGCCCCAACCGAGACACAGCGGUGAUCGGCGGCAACUCCCAAGGGGACCCAUGCGUCUUCCCCUUCACCUUCCUGGGACAGUCCUACAGUGCCUGCACAAGCCAGGGCCGGCAGGAUGGCAAGCUCUGGUGUGCCACCACCAGCAACUAUGACACUGACAAGAAGUGGGGCUUCUGCCCAGACAGAGGUUACAGCAUCUUCCUGGUGGCUGCCCACGAGUUCGGGCACUCGCUGGGGCUGGACCACUCCAGUGUGCGUGAGGCCCUGAUGUACCCCAUGUACAGCUAUGUCCAGGACUUCCAGCUGGACCCAGAUGACAUUCAGGGCAUCCAGUACCUCUAUGGUCGUGGCUCUGGCCCUGAACCCACGGCCCCUGCACCUAUGCCCACUGAGAAGCCCCAGCCCAUGCCCACUGAGGCUGGCAGCACCUCCACCACUGAGGAAGAAGAGGAGACACCAGAGCCCACAGCCAACCCCGUUCCUGUGGACCCCAGCCAGGAUGCCUGCAUGGAGAAGAACUUCGAUGCCAUCACAGAGAUUAACGGGGAGCUACAUUUAUUCAAGGAUGGGAAAUACUGGACCUACUCAUCCUUCUGGAAGUCGGGCAUCCAGGGCGCCUUCUCCGUUGCAGACACCUGGCCUGGCCUCCCAGCUGUCAUCGAUGCUGCUUUCCAGGAUGUGCUCACCAAAAGGGUCUUCUUCUUCGCUGGUCGGAAGUUCUGGGUGUUUUCUGGCAAAAGCAUGCUGGGGCCCCGGAGGAUUGAGAAGCUGGGCAUUGGGAAGGAAGCUGGCCGCAUCUCGGGAGCCCUGCAGCGAGGCCGUGGCAAAGUGCUGCUUUUCAGUGGGGAGAGCUACUGGAGGCUGGAUGUGAAGAUCCAGAGGGUGGACAAGGGCUACCCCCGUGCCACCGAUGAUGUCUUCACUGGUGUCCCCCUUGAUGCACACAAUGUCUUCCUCUACCAAGACAAGUACUAUUUCUGCCGGGGCAGCUUCUACUGGAGAAUGACACCACGCUACCAGGUGGACCGGGUGGGCUAUGUCAAAUACGACAUCCUGCAGUGCCCCCAGCACUGAACACCCGACUGGCUGCCUGGCUCCAGCUGGCAUGCUGCUCCCUGUCCACUGCUCCCAGCCCCCUUGCAGCCUGACUCCCCUGGGUGCUGGGGGCCAUGCAGCUUUGCAGCAGUGGGGCAGCCCCUACCAAGGUGGAGGCUUUGCUGUCUCCCUGGCAGGAAGGGGGAGGGAGUCCUGGGGUCACCCCUCGGGAGCUGCCCAGCCCGGGGAGCCCCGGCUGGGGAGCAGGACUCUCGCCACAGCCGGCACCGUGCCACCCCUGCCAGGACCGGCUCCACCGUGCAGAGGCGUUUGCCUGGUGCAAACCACACAUGGAUUUGUAAAGACUUUGUCUUUUUCCUGAGCCAGCCUUGCUGGGUCGGGCUGGGCUCCGCUGGGAGCUGGCACCCGGGUACUUGGCCGGGGCGGGGAAGCGGGGCUCUGCCAACCUCCAUCUGCCUGUUUUUAAUAAAGACAAUCUUU